UAAAGUAUCAAUGAAUAUUAUUUUAGAUACCUAUCCAGUUGGAGAAAACAUGUAUUCCAUUGUUUCUAUGUUGAAACAUCGUCAUCGGUAUUUGGAAUUUGAACUUUGAAGACCGCGAUGUCCGUGAAGACCACAGAUUCUGGUGUAUGUUUCAGUUUUCACAAGUGACGUUUCCCGCUAACAUAUUGGGUCCUAGCGCCCUUUGGCUAUCGCCGUACACAACUUGCCUACCAGUACCAGUUGCUUUGCUCAUUUUUAGCGUUUUUAUGACGUAUCUGAAUCCAGACGGGCCCUUGUGGUGGGAAGAGAGAAUUAUUGAACCCAAACAGAAUUGUAGGGGUAUAAGUGCUCAACCAAGGUUUAUGAAGUUCCUUAAGCACAGCAAUCACUUCAAUAAAACAGACGGAAGUAUUCAUCGGAAAAGAAAGCCCUAUCUGACAGACGAUUCAAGAUGGCUCUCAAUGUUGACAGAACAGUGGCCGACCAGUUUUACCGUUACAAGAUGCCUCGUCUCUUAGCCAAAGUCGAGGGCAAGGGAAAUGGGAUCAAGACUGUGAUUGUUAAUAUGACAGAUGUUGCCAAGGCACUGGCCAGGCCGCCUUCAUAUCCCACCAAAUAUUUUGGAUGUGAACUUGGAGCCCAAACUCUUUUUGAUGCCAAAAAUGAUCGCUACAUUGUGAACGGCUCACACGACUCUGAUAAACUUCAGGGCUUGCUUGAUGGCUUUAUCAAACGAUUUGUGUUGUGUCCCGAAUGUUCCAACCCAGAAACUAAUCUUUCUAUACAACAAAAGAAACAGAUGAUUUCCCAACGCUGUAUUGCUUGUGGCUACCAGGGCUAUGUGGACAUGAAGCAUAAACUUACAACAUAUAUUCUCAAAAACCCCCCAGACAUGGAUGUAUCAACAACCCCCAGCAAGGGCAAGAAGAAGAAGGACCGCAAACAGAAAGGUUCCGUGAACGGCGAAGAUGCCGACAAGGACCGUGCAAGUCCCGAGGCCAAUGCUCAGCAGCAGAUGGCUGCUCAGCGGGCGUCGGGAGGAAUCAUUGAGGCUCCACCAGAGAUGGAGAAUGACGAUGAGGACUGGGGGGAAGAGAUCAGCGAGGAAGCUAUAAAACAGCGCAUGGAAGAACUGACUGCAGCAGCCAAGGGUUUGGCCUUCACUGAGGACCUGGAGAAGAGUUCCAAAGAAAGAAUCAACAUGUUGUACCAGUAUAUCAAGGUGAAACGUGAUAGUGGUGAUGUAAAAGGUGCAGAUAUUUUUCAAGAAGCUGAAAGGUUGGAGGUCAUAGAAAAGGUACCGAUGGUCUUGGUGGAACUGCUCCUAGACAAGAAUGUUCUUCAGCAGAUCAAGGAUUACGAGAAGAUCUUUCUGCGGUUCUGUGCUAACAAUCAGAAAGCCCAGAAGUACCUGUUGAGCGGUAUUGAGCUGCUUGUUGGCGAUGUCCACAAGGAGGCGCUGUUGCCAAAAGUGCCGCACAUUCUGAAAGCAUUGUACGAUGCAGAUAUUCUGGAGGAAGAGGUUCUCCUGGACUGGUCGAAGAAGACUUCGAAGAAAUAUGUUUCCAAGUCUGUUGCCCAAGAGAUCCAUGAGAAAGCCGCUCCAUUCAUUAACUGGCUGAAAGAGGCUGAAGAAGAAAGUGAGGAUGAUGAUGACGAAGAUGGAACUGUUGAGGUUGUGUAUUCUCGUACUGAAAGAGUUGGUCAACAGACGGCACCUGUGACUAAACCAGCCGACAACGUGGAAGAUGACUUUGAUAUUGAUGCCAUUUAACAUUUCUGUUAAAAAGUGAUACCACAAAUGUGACAGUGUGUAAACAAACAAUGCUUUGUUGUUGAUGUAUUCAUAUCUGGUAUAUAAUUCAUACUUUGUCCAAAUGAAUAGCUGCAGAUAGUUUUUGGAAGUAAUGAACAAACUUUGGGGCACAAAUGGGGGGAAAGUGAAAAAAUUAUUGGCAGGUUUUUUUCCCUCUGCUUUAUUUUUGUUUUAGUAUUUGUGAUAUGUUUUAUCAAAUUAUUAAUCAUGCAUUAACAUUGUUUGAAUCACUUGACUUGUCUUCAGCUAGAUAAUCACUGGUUGACUGAACUAUUAUUAUUCAUAUUAUCUCUACGUAAACAAUGAUCUGUUUUAGAGAGAAAAAAUAUACUAAUUAAGUUUAACUAAUUUUAAAAAACAUUUUCAAUAAAUGGGAUAAUCUUCAUAUAUUGGUGGAUUCUAACAGAUUUGUUUAGUUCGUCUUAAUAAUAGCUACUAGUUAUGCAGUGAGAUGGGGAGAGAGAAAUUACCCACUGUUCAAGUGAUGGUAAAGGACUCUUAACUAUUCUAACAUUACAUGCUUAAUAUCUAAUUAAUAUGCUCUAUCUAUCUAUCUAUAUAUCUGUCUAUCUCUGUAUCCAUCCAUCAAUGUUGAUAUCUUGCUCGUCGCCAUUCAGUUAUUUUAACUAGACAGAUGUACUAAAAAUUAUUUAAAUAGUGCAUUUGAAAAAUACUUUAUCAUCUUUGUUCAUUAUUUUAAAAAUGUGUUAACCAUUCAUAAUAAGUAUAUAAAAUUUGUUCCAGUGUUAUGUAUAACAUAUUUCAAAUUUGUAUUGGUGGUCAGGAUUAAUGUUCCCUGAUUAAUUUCAGUGAUCAUGGCUUGGGUUUAUUUUGAGUUGGUAAUGUUUGAGCAUAUUUCAAUUGUUAUUUCAAUGGUUCACUUUGAAUUAAAUAUUGUCUAGUGGUGAUGGAAAACUUGCUUGCAAUUUUUUAUUUGAAUUUUUGAUCUUCUUUUUUUUUCCCAUCUGCAAAUCAUAUCAUCAGUUUGUAGAAUGUAUUGGCAGGUUGUUUUAUCACCACAUUAAAAAUAGUGUAAUCUGCUUUUGAUAGUUUUUGUGUGCUUUCAUCUUGUGAUGACUGGUCUACAGCUUUUUAUUUGAAAAUUGUAAUACAGAUUUGGUUAUCAACAUAAAAUUCAUUUGACCUUUUGACACUGUUCACAUAAUUGUCGGAUUUAAUUUUAACAAAUUUCAUGACGAGAUUAAAAAAUAUUGACUUCACAGCUCAUGUUUUGAUGUGCAAUGUCCACGUUUAUUGGAAAAACAAAUUUUGACAGACGUGCUAGAGGCACAACAGAUAUUUGCCAACAUACUUUAUGACCCAAAUGAUUUAAAUUUCUGUUAAAGACAUUGGAGUUUAUAGUUGUUUUUGACCAGCAAAUGAAUUGGACCAAAUAAUUGUUACAUUGUUCUCAAAGUUAAUGCCGCCGCCGCGCGCGCCCCCCCCCCCCCCAAUUGUCACCCCCCCCCCCAAUUGUCAUAAUUGAUUUAACAGCUGCAUAUUUUAAUCCUUGAAUUACAAUGUAAUGGUAGAAAUAUUGUUUUAAUAUUUCACCUGUUGGUGGAUAAUAAAUACAACUAAUGAUUUCCUCUUUUUGUUUUAAUUUUCUGUGAACAAGACAGGUUGUUGCACGAUUAAUUUAAUUUCUUAAUUAUGAACAAUAAAGCUAAUAUAAGGCUG